AUGGCAUCAAAGCGUAUCUUGAAGGAGCUAAAGGACUUACAAAAGGAUCCUCCCGCUUAUUGUAGUGCUGGCCCUAUAGCUGAAGACAUAUUUGAAUGGCAAGGGACUAUAAUGGGACCUUCUGAUAGCCCAUACUCGGGUGGUGUAUUUUUGGUUAUUAUUCACUUUCCUGCUGAUUAUCCUUUCAAGCCUCCAAAGGUUGCAUUUAAGACCAAGGUCUUCCACCCAAAUAUCAAUAGCGAUGGGAUCAUUUGUCUUGACAUCCUUAAAGACCAGUGGAGCCCUGCUCUUACAAUCUCUAAGGUCUUGCUUUCUAUAUGCUCGCUGUUGACAGACCCAAAUCCCAACAGCGUCCUCGUACCAGAGAUUGCCCACUUGUACAUGACUGAUCGAGCCCAAUACGAGGCCACUGUCCGCCACUGGACUCAGAAGUAUGCUAUGGGGUGA